UUUCGCUCGUCGCCUCUUCUCCAACUCGUUCUUCAGCGAAAUCGUAUGUCUCAGCGGCCCAGCGUCCCACACUACUCUUCCGUAGCCUUCGUCUGCCAUUCCCAUCUCCUGGUUUCCAGUGAGAUGAACUCCAAUUCCAACUGGUUAUAAGUCUUCUUCUUCUUCUGCCUCUUUUCGAUUCGUCUCCCUCUGAUCGGUCGAAAGGAGGCUUCUUUCCUAGUUUUUCCGCAGAAAGAUAGGAUUUUGUUGCCCAAUUUGGCCACAAGAAGCCAUCUUGAACGUUGCUUUGUUGCUCCUCUUCCGCCCCCUUUUUGUUGUUUGUGAAGGAGAGAAGAGAUGGGUGCGAAAGGGUUUGUGGAAGGAGGCAUCGCCUCGAUUGUGGCCGGCUGCUCCACCCACCCCCUCGACCUCGUCAAGGUCCGGUUGCAGCUCCAGGGAGAAACCCUCAGCCCCGCCGUCUCCGCCAUUCGUCCCGCCGUCGCCUUCCACGGCACCUCCGGGGUGACCGCCGUCGCCCACCCCCAUCCGCAUCCGGCGCUGCGCCCGCCGCGCCGCCCCGGGCUGAUCGCUGUCGGUGCGCAGAUCCUCCGCGCUGAGGGUCCAUCCGGACUCUUUUCUGGGGUCUCCGCCACCGUCCUCCGCCAGACUCUUUACUCCACCACCCGCAUGGGCCUCUACGACCUGCUUAAGAAGCGCUGGUCCGCCACUGCCGACGGAGGGUCCCUCCCGCUCCGCAGCAAGAUCGCGGCAGGCCUCAUCGCCGGCGGCAUCGGCGCCGCGGUCGGCAACCCCGCCGACUUGGCUAUGGUCCGGAUGCAGGCCGAUGGGCGGCUGCCCCUGGCCGAGCGCCGCAACUACCGGAGCGUGCUCGAUGCGAUCGGGCGGAUGGCUCGGCAGGAGGGCGUCGCGAGACUGUGGCGCGGGUCCUCUCUGACGGUGAACCGCGCGAUGAUCGUCACGGCGUCGCAGCUCGCUACGUACGACCAGGCGAAAGAGUGGAUCCUGCGGCGGCGCGGGGCGGGCGCGGACGGGCUGGUGACGCACGUGGCGGCGAGCUUCGCGGCGGGGAUGGUGGCGUCGGUGGCGUCGAACCCAGUGGACGUUGUGAAGACGAGGGUCAUGAAUAUGAAGGUGGAGAAGGGGGCGCCUCCGCCCUACGCCGGGGCUAUGGACUGCGCCCUUAAGACGGUCAAGGCGGAGGGACCGAUGGCGCUGUACAAGGGCUUCAUUCCCACCGUCUCCCGGCAGGGCCCCUUCACCGUCGUCCUCUUCGUCACGCUUGAGCAGGUGCGCAAGCUGCUUAAGGACUUCUGAUUCUCUCUCCCCCUCCCCCCGACCGCCGACUGCUGCCGACGGCUCACCAUCACUUUACCGCUCCUUAAUUUUUCAGCUUCCAUGAGACGAUGACGAUAGAAACAAAGCAAUUAUGCUUAAAUACAUGCGAAAUUUACCAUGUUGUUAUCAUUUUUAGUAUUAUUAAUAUCAAACUUGAGUGAUUGCUAAUGAA